GCAGCUGAGAGUCCAGAAGAGCAGUGAAGGCUGGGCUUGACAGUCUCAACUCUUGUGUGUGUGUGAACUUCAAGGAGAAAGCGAGCAGAGGGCCUUGUGGGGACUGGAGAGUGGUGGUGUGAAUUGUGAAUAUGGGAAUAGAAGAUUCUGCCUGUUAAGAACUGGAGUCUGUACUGAAGGUGUGAAGACAAAAUACCUAAAGCACAGAAAUCAUGGGAGCUGAAGAAGAAAUGCUCAUCACUCUGUCUGGAGGUGCCCCCUGGGGCUUCCGCCUGCAAGGGGGUUCAGAGCAAAAAAGACCCCUUCAAGUGUCAAAGAUUCGAAAGAGAAGCAAAGCGUGCCGCGGAGGCCUGUGGGAAAAUGAUGUUCUAGUAUCUAUCAAUGGGAAGUCAUGUGCUGGCCUGUCCCAUGCUAAUGCCAUGCAGAUCAUCGAUGCCUCCAACGGCAUGCUCAACAUCCGUGUGAAAAGGAUAGUUGGUGGGGACCAGACCGGCCUGUGGCUCCAGCGUUCCCCUUCUCCAGGGCAGCGAGUGCUCUCUCCACCAUCGCUGCUCAGCCCCCCGGCACAGUUACUCAGCUCUGAACCAGCAGGAGCCCCGGUCACCACACAGCCCUCACAGGCCUCACAGGCCUCACAGCCCUCACAGCCAUGGAGGUCACAGAGGCACCUGGAGAGCCUCACGUCCCCACCGGACAGCGAGGCCUACUACGGUGAGACGGACAGCGAUGCUGACAAUGUGGCACAGGAAAAGCAGCGCCGGGCCCGCAAGAAGAGCCCGCGCUCCCCGCCUGACAGCACCACGAGCAGGGCAGAUGCGCCUCAGGACGAGGUGUCCCUGUCUGAACAGAGCGGCUAUGAGAGCACGCCGGAGGCUGCUGCGCAGGGGGGAGCAGAGCUGGCCAGCUCCAGCGGCGUGGCCAAGAGGGAGAUUGUCUGUCUGCCCGGCAGUCGCACAGACACUCCAUUCUCGGACAGCGAGGGGCAGUUGCGGCCACCAUCAACAGAGGGACGGGAGCCUUCUCCAGAGGCGAAGCUCCUGCCCCAUGCCACCAAGUCUAUCCGAGCGGAACGCCAUCUCAUCCCCAUGGUGGGGCCAGUGGAACAUCCAAUUGAUGAAGACCUAACCACCACGUAUACAGAGAAAGCCAAGCAGGCCAAGCUCCACCGGCACGAAAGCAUCCAGGAGAAGAACGUGAAAGAAGCCAAAACCAAGUGCAGAACCAUUGCGUCUCUGCUGACAGAUGCACCUAACCCCCACUCCAAGGGGGUGCUGAUGUUUAAGAAACGCAGGCAGAGGGCUAAGAAGUACACAUUGGUAAGCUUUGGCAGUGUUGAUGAAGACCGCUCCUACGAGGAGGAAGACGGAGUUUUUCCAACUAGUGAAUCUGAAUUUGAUGAGGAAGGUUUCUCUGACGCCCGAAGCCUAACUAAUCACUCAGACUGGGACAACACUUACCUAGACAUUGAAAAGUCUAAAUCUGACUCUGAACAGAAGGAAGAGAAGCAAAAAGGUUUGAGUGAGGCCUCAGGUAAAGGAGCACGAUUAUUUGAGCAGCAGAGGGAACGGGCUGGGAAGUACACAGUCGAGAAAACUCCAGCGCAGAAGAGCCCAGAUCUUGCCUCAGCUGCCCAGCCCAAGCAGGGCACAGUGAACGGAGAUAUGCCUGUGCCAGAGAAGGCAGUCAAUGUGCCUCUCAGCAUCCACCUGGAAGGUGUGCAAGUGCCCAGCAAGCAGCCAGCCACCGUCCCCACUCAGCUCCUGACUGCCCCCAGCCCCACUUUCUUCCCGCCUCCCCCAAGCACCCCUGACCCCUUCUCUUCAAGUUCAACAAGCAUGUUCAACAGGUCUGCACGGCCCUUUACUCCUGGCUUUUCUGGCCAACGUCCAGCAACAUCCUCCGUCAUCUUUAGGCCACCUGCACCCAAAAAACCCACUGAAAGUCUGGGUGGGCAAAGCACAGUGGUUCCCCCUUUCUCACCUCUGGUUCCAGGAACACCUGCCAAUGCACCAGUGCCAACACAGCGUGGUCCCGUCAGCUCCUCCACAUCUCUGUAUAUUCCUGCACCAGGAAGACCAACAUCACCACUGGAGUCACAGCCAAAAGGGGGAGGAAGUGCUUCGGAGAUCAAGCCUUCCGCCAACACUGCCCGGACAUCCACCACCUCUAUCUUUCUGUCAGCUCCCUCAAAGCCAGGAGGGGAUAUGGCCUCCGCAGGAUCCCAGCCACGAGUCCCUGGAACAGCCUCUUCUUCAUUGUAUAUUAGUCCAGCACCAUCACAGCACAUGAGAAGCAGCUCCCCUCUGCCCAAACAGCCUUCUCCUGCCAUCACUCCAGCAAUGCCACAACCUCCUUCGGAUCCCUUAACCUCCAGGGAGCAGAGGAUUGCUGUGCCAGCUCCUCGCACAGGCAUCCUGCAGGAGGCUCGCCGACGGGGCAACAAGAAACCCAUGUUCAGUAAGAUUGAGGAGAAGAAAAAGAAUUCACCCAACCCUGAGCUCCUGUCUCUGGUGCAGAACCUGGAUGAGAAGCCAAAAGGCGACCACCCUGGGGCAGGAUUUGAGUCUGGGCCUGAGGAGGACUUCCUCAGCCUGGGUGCAGAGGCCUGCAACUUCAUGCAGUCCCCAGGCCGCAAGUUCAAGACCCCACCUCCAGUGGCCCCCAAGCCUCAGCAAGAUGCUGGAUUGGUAAAUGGGGCCCAGGAUAUGCCUCAGCUUAAAGGCAAGGGGGCAGAGCUUUUUGCCAAACGCCAGAGCCGCAUGGACAAAUUUGUGGUGGAAACAACACCGAAGCCAGAGUACAAGCCCAGGACCCCCUCUCCAUCCCCUUCUCUACCCUCAUGCUGGAAAUACUCACCCAACAUCCGGGCUCCCCCUCCAAUAGCUUACAACCCAAUGCAUUCCCCUUUCUACCCCCUGGCAGCCAGCAAAUCUCAGGCUAGCAAAGCAGAGAGCAAAGUGAAAAAGGCACCUGGCCAGAAAUCAGGGAUCAAGGUCAUUGAUUUAAUGCGCCACCAGCCCUAUCAAUUAAAGUCAGCCAUGUUCUGUUUUGGGGAGCCCCCAAGCCCCAGCAGUCAGAAUAGUCCUGGUCAGCCAACCCCACAGGCUAGCACAUCCUUCAUGACAGCCAAGCAGGUCCCUGUGAAAACAGCCAAGACCCAGGAGAUUCGUCGCUUCUCCACUCCAGCUCCCAUGCCAACCUCCAGCAGCCUGGCACCCACUGUGCUUGUGCCCCGCUCAGCCACCACGCUGGAUGAGCCAUUGUGGAGAACAGAAAUGGCCUCUUCUGCCCCUGCUACACCAGCACCCUUCCAGGUGGAGCUCAGCCCCUCCCCUAAGCCAUAUCAGAGCUCCCCAGAGCCUGUCCCUGUCCCCCAGGUGGGACAGGGGCCUCCUCUAAACUCAGCCUCUGCCUCUCGGUUUCAGGUGGCCAGGCCCAAGUUCUCCGCAGCAAGAACAGGCAUGCAGGCCAACGUGUGGAGGCCAAGUUUUGGCCAUCACUGAGGCAGACACCCCUCCCAUUCUGCCUGUGGCCCCGCAGAGAUAGCAUUUGUUUUGUCUUUCAUGUCAGCUCAGUACAUUGGGAUGAGUGACACAAAAUGAAGAAAAAAAGCUCAAAAAAUUACUGCCCUUCUGCACCACCCCCUUCCCCAGCCUCCCCUUGGUCUCAGAUGGGAUACCUCAUGGAAAGGCUUUCUGGCAGUGGCUACAGCAGGAGGAAGAAUGUGGAGAGAGGGCAUGUGUGUGGUACACAAAGACUGGGAACUUGUACACAGCAGCAAAACCCAGAGGGGGUGAAUGGCAGAGGUUAUCUCACAUGGAGACAUACAUGAAGCAGUAGUUUUCCUUUCCCAAGGGCUUUGGAGUCACCCCUGCAUAGAAGGAAACUAGGAGGCAAGAGCUUUCCAGGAAGAAAGGGUGAGAGGUGGGGUUACAGAACAGAAGCCCCAGCUUUCCCAUUAGACUGUGGUUCUCUGAUCCUUCCAGCCUGUACGCGCGUGUGUGCACACACACAUCCACACAGCAACACUCAGCAGGGAGUGAAAGGACAAGUGGGGCCUCACCUGGGACAUUUCUCCCAGACUUCCCUCUGUGGGGGCAUGGGAAAGGGGGCAAGGGAGCAGAGUGAGGAGUGGUGUUUGCCCAUGCACAUGUGGCCUGAGAGUGGCCAUGUGUGCCUGCUCCUCCAGUUCAGGGCUGGGGGUAAAAGCGAGAGUCAUCCUAGCUGGUACUAAAUACCACUAUUAGGUCUGGAAAUAGUUUGCCAAAGAGGGGCUUUGAGGGGACUUGAUAGAGCUAUCACCAGCUGUGGGAACUGCAGAAGGAAGUAUCCAUUUUUGAGGACACACAAAGUCAAAGGCAGUGUCUGGUUGGCACAAAGAGAGGCCCUGCAGCAUCAGUGUCACUGAACAGGAUAUGGAUACUGUAAGUAGAAAGGUGGAUUGCAUGGGAGAAGGUACAGUUGGCUUUAAAAUGAGGCACAACUGAUUAUGUAUUUGUACACAAUCUUUUUGUUUAGUUUAGGACAGAAGUGGGGCAAGAUUAGAAAUGGGUCACAACUUAAAACUUGCUGAAAUCUUUGUGAUGAGGGGAAAACGGUGGGCCUUUACAGACAUUCUCAGCAUGGAAGUGGAGGUCAGGAAAACAGAAAGUCACAAGUAAAACUUCAUACAAAAUGACUUAGGUAUUAUUGUGGGGCUUAUUUGGUAAAAACUGAAGGGCUCUGAGAAUCCCAGAGGAUCUGCACUCACACACAUAUACAGAGUUCAGUUUGCUGAUGAUGCUGGGGAAACAGUACUGGUUAUUCCUUGAAUGUCCCAGGUUAGCCUCCAAAUUAAUCCCUACACUACAGGCAUGUAGGAAGAAGGCACUGCCAUCCCAAGGAAGAAUUCGGCAUAUUAGUAGGGACUGUGCAUGUGUGUGUGCAUAUCAUCUUUACUCUGGUUUACACACUCCCCUGCCUGUGGUCUUCUUUGCCAGCAGCCACUUUUCCAGUGUAAUCCCACAAGUACAUCAAGAAAGCAUUGCUCCUGAAAUGCUGCCUCCAAACACAGCAGAUGCCCCAGCUGCAGGGAAGGGAUUUGCCACCUCUUUGUGGGUCAGGGUUGCCCAGCCUUUUGCUAAACCCUUAGGAACGUGUACAUGAGGCAGAAUGAGGGUCUCAUAGCCCUCUCUCCUUGAGACGAGUCUCCCUCUCAUUAGACUUGCUCCUCUCCUUCAAGCAGCAGCUAUUCUCUGAUUGGACUGAGCACAAACUUUGGAUAUACAAAAGUUUAGGUUCUGGGGGAAUAAAAGGAAUGCAAGUGGGUCUGAAGCAGCUAUGCAGAGCAGCUAGUGUUGUUUCAUACUAAAUCUAAGCCAACCUUCCUGUGCACAGCAGGAGGUUAUGAUGUGUAGCUUUUUCAUGAUAGCUGGGGCUCUACUGUUUCUUGGAGGCUUGAAAGUCUUUCUCUGUGAGCACCUGAAGAUUUCUCAUGUAUGCUCUCCUAUGAAGAAAAAGAAGGCUGGAAAACCUAGCUAGCACCUCUGAUCCUGGACAAGCUUGGGAGGGACAGAAUGAGAGAGAAGGAGAAGUAAGACACAGUUCUGCCUUUGAAUCCUUCACAUUCCGGCUGGACUGCUUUUCAGGCCUGUGUUUGCAGUGCAUAUUCCUGGUGGCCCUGAAGCAUAUAAUGAGCAAGCUGAGGAGAGAGGAAGACAGAACUUACACCUCACUUGGCACACUAUCAGCCAUGGGAAAGGAUUGUAAGAAAAGCCAUGGGAAUACCUUGAGUGAAUGGACAAAAGUGAGGCUGAGUCAGAAGAGAUGCUGCAUCUGGUUGUAUGACAUAGGAGCAGCUAACCUGAAUUGAUGAGGAGAUUGUGUCCCUGAAAAGCCCCAGAGAGGAUGUCAGGAGAAAUCAUCUCCACAGAGUUAAUUCAGAUCACCAGAAUCCACAUAGCUCCAGGGAAGGGGAACAGCCAUGAUACAAAACCUAUCUCAGAUGAUUGCUUUCUCACUCAUCCUGUACUGCAUUGCAUUGCCAGCGUUUCUUUAAAAAAACAAAAACAAAAACAAAAACAACAAACCCCAACCAACCAAACAAAAAAACCCUGUGUGCAAACUGAACCUCUGUGACUUCCCAAACAUGGAGGGAGGAAUCUUCUAUUUUAUCUAGGAAAGCUGUACGAAGGAACUGAAGUAGCAGUGCUCCAAAAGCUUUGUCUCUCAUCUCCUUGUGGAGUGUUGUCUGUCCCUGGCUAGUGAGUUAAGCCAUUAGCCUCAGACAGACAAGCUAGCCCAGGCUGAAAGCAUUACUGAACUCAGGUGUAGAGAGGGGUUGUGUGGACCAGAGGAAGGGUGCUCAACAUAAUUCUGCAGUCAAGAAAAAACCUCAGAAAGUCUGAAUCUUACUCCAGUAUCCCUUUCCCUCAGGCCCCUAAAGUUAAGUGCUCUCAGGGCCUGAAAGUCUCAGGAAAUUCAUUUUGCCACUGGAAAAAUAAAGAAGUCUGGCCUUAGUACGUAAGAGAGAUUGCAUGGGUUUAGUAAUUUGGUGAUCCCACUCCAGAUUUCCAGGAGACAAUGAUUUCUUCUGAGGAGUGAUUGCCAAACACCAUUCAGUGUUAGAUAUCAUGACCCUAGUGAGUGGAACAAUUGCAUUUGCCCCAUCAUUUCUGAUAAUGUAAUGGGCAGGAAAUUAAAGAAGUUAGGUUUGAUUGGAGAACAAAUAUUAAAUAUAAGAGCAAGGAAAAUAACCAGGAGGCUGGGAAUCCUGCAUUUUACUUACAUCCUUGCUUCAAACCUAUGUUUAGAAGCAAAACCGAAGUAGUUUCAUGGACUUAAACCCCUCACAAAAUUUCUGGAUCCCAUGCUGACACAGGACUUGAUCUGCAGAAGCAGAUGCUGUUGCAGGUGAGGCCUACAGUGCUCAUGGUGUAUCCCAAAUAAGGCCUGUAGCUGCAAGUAGCAUGAGAUGAGAAAUAAUACUGAGAUGCAUCUGUUAAGUUGCAAGGAAGAAACCUGAACAAUUGCUGGCUUUAAGCAGCUCUGCUAAUGUCUGCUCAUGAAAAUACUGUGGCUGGCCUGCUAGAAAGGUCACAGGUGAAAUUACAAGGAAUAUUUUGAAACAUGUAAGCUUGUCUUGAGCCUCUCCAAAUGUCUAAUUCCUCAGCUGUUGAACAAGCACAGACAUAAACUGUUGUUUGAAAAGUUUUAGCUCCCACCUGCUAAGUUAUAAGCUGCAGUGGUAGGCCAAACCCCAGUGUUCCCUUGUUAA